UUACUUUGAUGACGUCUGGAAAGGAAAACAGGAAACUCUGUAGAAACGAAAAGUUCGAUACGUUUUCAAGGCAAAGAUGGCCUGCUUUGGAAGCAAUAAGGGAAGUUUGGAGGAGGACAGCUAUGAUGGACCUGUUGGUGGAGAGCUGUCCGGCUGUGCGUUGGCAAUGCUGGAAAAGGAGCGAGAAUCCCUCCCCAGCCCAUCAGAGAGCCCUGGCAGCAGCAGCAUCUCUGCAAGUCUUCAGGCCGCUGCCCCCAUCCAGGGCUAUGAUGUGGAGUUCGACCCACCCUUAGAGAGUAAAUACGAGUGCCCUAUCUGCCUCAUGGCUUUAAGGAAUGCCAUUCAAACACCCUGUGGUCACCGUUUCUGCAAGAACUGCAUUGAGAAGUCUAUUCGUGAUGCAGGACAGAGGUGCCCUGUGGACAAUGCAAGACUGUCAGAAGACCAGUUGUUCCCGGAUAACUUUGCCAAGCGGGAGAUUCUGUCGCUAAUGGUUCGCUGUCAAAACUCUGGCUGUGCUAACAGAAUGGAGCUCCGACAUUUGGAGAAACAUAUGGCGAAGUGUGAGUUUGCCACAGUGCCCUGCCCGCAGUGCCAGCAGUCUGUGAGACAGAGCCAGAUCGAGGAGCACACAACUGUGGAGUGCACGAGGAGGCCUGUGUCAUGCCCAGAUUGUCUGGUGUGCUUUGUUCACGAGGAGAGAGAGCUUCAUGAGCAGCAGUGUCCCUUUGCCAGUGUGAAAUGCCAGUACUGUGAGAUGGAUCUCCUCAGAGACCAGAUUGAAUCUCAUUGUGAUGCAGAUUGCCCAAAAGCACCCAUCGCCUGUAACUUUAGCACCUUUGGAUGUAAGGAAAGGAUGCAGCGACACAACCUGGCUCAGCACAUGCAGGAGUUCACUCAGAUGCACAUGCGCUACAUGGCCGAGUUCCUGCGUGGCCUAAGCCUCAAUGGCACCACACCCAAAUCCCUGUGGACGCUAGGACCAUCUGUUUCCUUAGAGGAUCAGGGAGCAGGAGCCACAGCAGCAGCCUCAGCCUGCAGCGGGCCCCGAGGAGCCGCAAGCUGCAGCAGCAACUGUGGCCCCAGUCCGCCUACUGAGGAGGUCCAGAAGCUCAGGGACUUGGAUGGACGAUUGGUAAGGCAGGAUCACCGGCUGCGGGAGCUCGUUAUCUUUAAAGAAACACAGUCCGGCCACAUUGCAGAGCUCAGGCGCCGAGUGUUGUCGCUGGAGGAGACGGUGAAGGAGCUGGAAUCACAGCAGUGUCACGGUAUCUUCAUCUGGCGCCUUAAAGGUUUCUCCUCCCUCCUGCGGAACCAAGAAGCAAGCCUGCCUGUGGUGGAGCACAGCCCCGGCUUCUACACCGGUCGCCCCGGCUACAAAUUGUGCCUGCGCCUACACCUGCAGGCCCCCAACGCCCCGCGCUGCUCCAACUACAUCUCCCUCUUCGUCCACACCAUGCAAGGAGCUUUUGACGGGCAGCUGACGUGGCCGUUCCAGGGAACCAUCCGCCUCACCAUCCUGGACCAGGGCCCAGAGGGUCAGCACCACAUGGAGGUGAUGGAGACUAAACCUGACCUGCAAGCCUUCCAGAAGCCAACCAUCCAGCGCAACCCCAAAGGAUUCGGCUACGUCACCUUCCUGCACCUGCAUCAGCUGAGUCAGAGAGCCUAUGUUAAAGAUGACACUCUGCUCAUCCGCUGUGAGGUCACACCGCGUUUUGACAAUGUGAUUCACCGCGAGGGCCCAGCAGUGCAGCCUAGAGGACCAGAGGCCACAAUUUCGAGAGACUAAAACCUAAAACUUUAGUUUGGAUGUCAGCGAGGUAGUUCUGCCAUUGUUUGAAUACCACUUACUUCAUAUGAAUUCAUACACAUUAGGAUGAGGUAAUUGUAUGUUCACACACAUUUAAAUUUUGGACUAUGCAAAUAUUUAUUUGUUUCCCAGCUUUCAAAUGUCAGUGUGUUUUUUUUAAAAGUACAAUCUUUUUAUUUUACAUUUGAAAUUAAUGUUCUCACCCACAAGGUACCCACAGUCAGCACACCUCAUAAGUACAUGUUACAAGUACAUAAUAGACAAUUAUGUCAAUCAGCUAAGAAUGGCCAUCCGCUCUUGUUGUAGCUGUUGGGAAACGCACUGAAUGUUGAAGAGCUCCCCGUGGAGCUUUUGACCCGGCGGGCACUAUAGAUCAUUUUAUUCUAUACACCAUCUUCUAGUAGGAGACACACAGAUUCACAUGUAUGCACGAGGACAUGUGGGUGAUGAGACAGACAUUCGUAAUGACUGCAGAGGGUGGUGACAAAAAAAAAAUAUAUAGAUGUUGUUGCCCUCACCAAAUUAUUUUAAAGAAUUGUUCAAAUAAACAUCUUGCAUCUUAUUGCUUAUUAAUGAUAUUCAUCCAAAAACAUGGAAACCUGAAGAACCUUUGUUAUGUCAAUGCGGAGGGUGAACUUUUAUUGGAGUAAGUGGGGUGGUAUGUUGGAAUAGGAUCUCCAUUUAUUUUAAUUAAAGCAAAGAAACAAAUCUGAUAUUUGGUAACGGUAAUGGGAAGUGUCUUGGUUAUGUUCGAGCCAAGGAUGAAAAUGUAUUUGUGUUUGCAACAAUGCAAAAACCUCCACUUUGCAAAAUAAUUAUUGGGUUGGAAAUGCCAUCAACACAAUUGCUGGACAAUAGUGCAUACAGUGUAUAUUGUGCUUAUACAAAAUGUCCACAGGGUACCAUUGUUAAGGAAUAUAGGAAAUUUAUGCGUUUUCCAAAUUCUGCAUUUCAUGCUUCACUAGUUUUCACUGUACUGUUAUUGGGGCCUCACUAACAUAGUAAGAUAACAAAUGAUGCACCUUUCUCACUAGGAGUUUCUCUAACCUAGUUUCAGCACUGCUGCAUGACAUAUUACAAAGUUACUUAUUUAGUUUUCUUUAUGGUGCAUUUUACACAAGCUCCUACCGUAUGUGACAUUAAAUGAAUAUUUGAAGAGUAGACAUAAAUGCAACAUCAUUGUGUCUUUGCUUUAAACCAAUAUGCUGCCUGUUUAGCCUUCACAUGUAUUAUUGACUUUAAUAUAUUGUAUUGUUUUUGUUUGGUUUGUUUGUACAUCUGGAGUAUUGCAUAGUUGUGAUGUGACUGUGUAUCAAAUGAUUUCUUUAAUGUAAAUGAUUGAAUGAGAUAAUGUUUCCUAUGCAUUUAUUUAACAUACGAUCCAAUACUGAUGAAAAUAGCCUUAAAAAGAAAGCUCAGCUUACUUCAUCUUAUACAUUUUUUUAUCUAAAUUAUGUAAUUUUUUGGUGCACUAAGGUUAAAA